AUGUUCUCCUUCUUCCGCCGGGGUCCUCCCCAAACCCCCGAAACCCCAUCAGACCAAGCAACCUCACAGCCCACAACAACAACACAAAUUAGCCAAUCCCAACCACAAUCCCAAAACCAAAGACCUGAAUCCGAGCCCGAAUUGAAAUUCAUCAACCCCCAAACCAAAUACAAACUUCUCCUGGGCGGCCUUACGUUCUUCGCCUUCUCGCUCUGGACCACCCGCCGCUCCUUAAACAGACGCUAUCUCGCUUCCGUCCCACCUUUCUAUACAUCCUCCCUCUACCACAAGCCCGACGUCAGCGGUGGUGCGGAAGCCUUUGAGGCGCUGAAUCUGGCGACGCUGAAUGUGCUUUCCCUGGGCAUGGCGGGCACUGGGGGAAUCCUGUGUGCGCUGGAUAUCAAUGGGGUUGAUGAUAUGAGGAGGUUUGUGAGGAGGGGGUUUUAUAGUGAUGGUGGAGAUGUGACGAAGGUGGAUAAGGAGCUGGAAGAUGAGGUUGAAGCUUGGGUGGGAAAUGUGCUGGGAGAGAAGUUUGGGAUGGAAUUGAAGAAGGAGAAGGAGAGGGAGAGGAGCGAGGACAAGGCUUGA